UACCAUUGCUUAAGCGAGGGGCGCUGAUUUGAUGCCUUAACUCCAUCCCUUGUAAACAACGCUUAGAAAAUAACUCACGGGCGUCAAUUUAUGUAGAUUAAAAAAAAAGUCUGAUAAGUUUAGAUUUUUUUAAUGAAAAAAAAUUGAAAAUGAUCCAUUUGCAGCUUUCUUGGGGGGAAAAAUCAAGCUUUUUAUUUUUUUGCUAGAUUCCUGACUUUUUCAACAAAAUAGCCUAUGCUGUUGUGUGCAGGUUUCUUUAUGUUUUGUGUCGAAAACAGGGUGCGAGAGUUGGAUGUCGUGCCCCAUGAGCGGGAAGUACCUUUGUCCAGGGGACCGAUUCUGAGGACAUAGUUAAAGCUGUAGCCCUGGGGGGGGAGGGGAGCUGCAACCAAUGCGGAGGAAAGGAGCUGGUUUUCUGGGGGUACACAGUUGUUUUUUCAUGCUUCAUUUGCUCUUUAGCCUGAUAGACUGCAUUAAUCAGUUUUAUUUCCAUUGAUAGAGAAACCUCGUCUGCUCUGUUCGAGCUACAAAGAAUCCUGCAAGCUUUUGUGAAAGUGCAAAUCAGUUUAGGCAAUUAUCAUACCAGGAAUAUGAAGGGGAAAGAGGAGGCAUUGCCCAGUGGUCUCCUUUAAUCUCUUAAUCCGUGGAUCCAGGGGGGCUAGUUGGACAUAAUUUAGGACAAUCUGACUACCCUUUACACUGUGAUAAGGCGAAGUUACAAUGGAUCGCGAAAAUACGAGCUUUGUUAAGCGUCCUGCCUUGAAAAGUUAAGAUUAGACAUUCCGCGCACGUGUUGGCACUAUAGGAUACUAUGUACAUUAAAAAAAAAUCCGAUCUGAUUUUUUUAACAUCGUGGAUCCCAUACAAUAUAGUGGUGACUUUCCAUUCAGAGCUGCUCCAAUAUUAAAGAGGCCCAGACAGGGUGAGAUGCCUGUCGCAAUGCAGUUCCCCUUCCCUUUCUGCCUAAUUAUUGAGCAGAGCCAUUCCCAAGGUAAAUUUCUCGUCGUCCUCCGCCACCACCCUCAAAAAUCCCGGCGGAUUGUGCAGCUCUUCCAAUGCACCCGGGCGCAUUUUGCACCUCAGCCCGCUCGAGUUAGCUCGAGUCCGACUUCAAACCCAUGCAAAUGCGCAAACAUUAAACAGAUUGCAGAUUUGGGUCUUUCUAUAAAUUGUUUCCCAUCUUGAUAAAAGGCUUAUUUCUGCAGGAGCUAUAUACUUUUUUUUUUAACUGCAAGGAAAGAGAGAGGGGGGGGGGAAUUUAAGCGUCCUAUGUAGCGUAACAGCAAUAAAAUCUUCAGAGAAUGCCAUUAGCUUUGAAAAAAAAAACCCUAAAAGCUUUAUUACAAACCAAGCUUUGAAAAUAGGGGGGAUUAGGAGUCUGAAAGGGUCCCACAAUGGUUAGAAGAAAAGGUUUCAUGCUAAUGAGGUUAAUGCCCUUUGUAUCUCAGGACUCCACAACUUCAUUACUCCCUAUCUCAGGCUGCACCAAGCGGCUCAGAACAGUGCAAUCCACUCCAGCUUUUCCCUUCCCUGCCUAAAGAAGGAUUUGAUAGCAGCUCUGUUCAAACUAGAUAAUUAUAUCUUUUCAAGUCGGAAUUAAGAUAAAGAAAGUGAAGCAAAGGCGGCUAGCCUUGAUCCACUGCAAACAAAUUUGGCGCACUUUCUAGUCGCUCUCCCCCUGCCUCAAUAGGCAGGACAGUCAGCUUAUUAGACCCUCAUUUGCUUUAUUAAUUCAUCUAUUUAAAGUGGCAGGAUUAGAGAGUCUAACGUGGACGCUGGAUGCCAGGCAACGCUGACAUAGAAAUACCGGCGAGAGCACUGCCCGAGUGGGCACUGCGGUGACACAUCUGGAUUGGGGGGGGACACACAAAAAGACGUUUUCCGGGAAAUACCUGGGAGGGAAGGGACGGGACCGGGGCGCUGAGACUGCAGCUCUGCGGGACGGCUUGGGUUGUUCCCAGGUCGCUGCCAGCAAUGCCUUGCUGCUGCCCCGAUCCGGGGUCCUUGCAGGGAGAGGAAAAGCGAGGUUUGCCCCAGGUGCUCUGCUCUGGUGCGGGAGCCUGGCCGGGGUGCGCCCGGGCAAGGAGUCUGCGGCCGCGCCCAGGAGGGCUGCGCCGGGCUCCCCGCAAAGCGGCGCGGGGCCGCACCACUGACCUCUCUCUCCCCUCUUUUGUCUCCCCAAGCCCAGGCAGGGGCUCGGCGGGGAGGCUGCGGCCGGAGCUGGCAAGGCCGGGGCGAGCGGCUCGGGGGAGGAGAGGUGAGGAGCUCCCCGGGGCGGUGCGGAUCCGAAGCGGGUCCCCCGUCUGCACGGGCCUCGCUGCGGAUCGGGGGGGUAGGGGCCUGGUUUCCUCGCCCCUGCGACUUCCCACGGGGGCAGCGGGGAGCGGCCGCGGUCCCCGCAGCUCCGACGGGGCGGCUCGGCGCGGCGCCCCCCCCCCCGGCAUUGGGGGUCAGUCAGGGCCGGGCGGAAAUGAGCCUUCCCCUCAUUAGCGCCAGGAUCCGCUCGGGAAGGGCGAAGCCGGGGCAGCCCCGCGCGGAUCCGCUUCCCGGCGCUGCCCCGGAGCCCAGGCACCCGGCGACGGGAUCCUGCAGGCAGCCCCGCAGGCCGGAGCGCAGAGAUCCUGCCCGCCCCGGCGGGCCUGGCCUGUCGUCGGGCCGCCUGUGGCAGGCUCCUGCGAGCACCGAGAAGGUGCCCCCGGGCUGCAGCCAAGCGAGCCGGGCCGUGCCGGGGUGCAGAGGCAACCCGGGACGUCCCUUCGAGGCCCGGCCCCCGCCUGGGCCAGGAGCGCGGAGCCCAGCGCUUGCGGGCUGAACGCGGCCCUUUCCCUUCCCCAGCACCCACCGCCGCCUCCCCCAGGGCUCGCCCCCGCCUCUCCCAACCCCCGGGGCCCGCGACCCUGGGGCCGACGCCCGUCCCCCCUCCCAUCCUCCACUCUGGUCCAGGGGAACCCAGCUAAUAUUUAUAGCCCAGGUCUCCAUUGCACUGGGCUGGACCUGACGUCAGGAAGAACUUGAUCUAGCCUGCUUCGCUCCUGCUUCUGAAACUGAUCCUUGAAAUGAGAGAACAGACUCUACACAAUUCCCAUGGCCUUGACAUAAGGGAGAAAAAUACCCAUUCCAAGCGUUUCCACAAAUCCUCGGCACCUUCCAGCUCUCGCACGCGCUGGCUUUACCUUAGUGGAAAGCACGAUGCGGUCCCUGAGUCCGGACCGACAAAGCAAACGAAACACCCACUGGAUUUUCCACGAGUGGAAUAAAGCCAUCGGGGGGAGGGACUCGGGAAGGCAACUGGAGAAUUAACAGUGGUUUUUCAUUUUUGCCGCACAGAUACAAAUGCCCCCGAAGCUGCUGCGGACAGAGCCCGCCCGCUGCGCUGGGAUUCAGGUGGGAGUCUCGUCCUGUGGAAGGGCAGCCGGCCCGGGCGCUGCAGCGGGCACCGGGGACCUCUCCCGGUGCCCACCGGGUCGGUCGGGGGCGAUGCUGUGCCCGGUGCGUAGACCCCCAGCAACGCCGUCCGCAAACUCAGAAAUUAGAUCAAAUGUGAUAAAUGGUGAAAGGGUGGGGGAAGACGCGUCAUUUAGGGGGCCGCUAGCUCCACGGGACCCUUGGGUUGGCAAGCUGGCGGCUGGAGAGAUGCCCCUUUCCCCUUCCCCUCCAGAAGCAGCGGGGGAAGCGCUCGGGGGCUGCGGCCGCUCCCACGGGCGCGGGCAAACGGCGGAGCCCGUCCUGCCCUUGGUGGCUUUAAGCGGGAGCCUUUUAAUGAGUCGCUGGCGUGUGAGGGACCCUCCGCCACGACUUUCCCACCUGACCGCAAAAGCGUGGGUCGGGUCGGGGCAAACGCCUGGCAGAGAAACCCGCAGGGAUCUUUCCUGGACGUGCCGCUUCGCGGAGCAGGGGACCGGGGCACUUCGCGGCUCGCCCGGCAGGGACCGCCCCGAGGGCAGCAUCGCUGGGUCGGCCCCGCGCAGCCAGGGGCAUUGCGGAGCCCCCGGGACGAGCCCUGCCCGCUCCUGCCGCCUUUUCUUCACGUCUAAAAAAAAAGGACCCGAAGAAACUCCAAAGCGUUUGCGGAUCGUGUCCUGCCCGGCCUCACGCGAGGGAAGCGGAGCAGCUCGGCCCGGGUCUUCCCAGGAGACGAGCUCCCAGGGGCUGGGGCAGCUCCUCCGGGGGGGGUCCGCGGCCGGAGCCCCCGGGGCGGCCGCCUUCAGCCUCGGAGCGGGGCAGGCGGUCGGGCUCGUUCCCCCACCCUCUUUAAAACGCUCCUUCCUCCAAAAGCGGCCGCUGCUCCGGGGACAACUUAGCUGCGCCUUGAUGCUGGCAAAAAAGAAAAGGUCCCGCGUGGGAGGCGGCGGCGGGGGCCCUGCACAGCCCGGCCCCGACGGGAGCCCCGGGAGGCGGGUCGCGGGCGCUUUCCUGCAGGCUGCCCCUGCAUGUGGCCGGGGAGCAGCACGGCUAUAAGGAGCGCCUGCUUUCGUACAGCCCCGAGCACUUGAGGGCUGGGCUGGGCCGUGCCGUGCCUCUCCCCACACCCGGGUAUGUAGCCCCGUCGGACCGAUCCUUCUCCGGCCCGACGGGACACAUCAGUGCCCCUCGCACCCCACGGUGCCCGGUCCAAGCCGCCCGGAGCGGGCAGGCAGCCGCGCGCUGUGCCGGUCCCCGAAGCAGGAGGGAGACCGGGGCACCGCGAGCCUGUGGGGCUGGGGUUGUCUCCUCCCGAGCUCCCUACCGGAAUGAUGCAUUUUUUACCAACCCCCCCAGAACAAAAAAAAUGUAGUGGCGUCAAACACUCCGAGGCAGGUCAAGUGGCAGCUCCGGGAGCCACCGGCCCCUGUUGAUUCAGAUGUUUCUCCCCAGAAUUGGUGUCCGGGGGGAGAGCGGGGGCUGAGCUCCCGGCUGCUGCAGCCCCUGCCGGAGACGCUGAUUUGGUGCUGAUUUAUUGAAGGGGAGCCGAGGUGGGGGAGCGAAGACAGGGGUCUGCAAUGUUAAGUUGGAAACCAGGAGAGUUCCUGUCCACAGGGGAAGGAAAGCGGGGUGGGAUCCAUAGUAUAUAAAACUGGCUCCAAAUUUAGCCGCCACUGAUUCAUUGUUUGAACAGGUUGAAAGUCUGAUAAUGAGGUUUUUAAGAGCCCUAAACAAACAGGCUCUCUCUAAACCUGAUUAGCCUGUCCGGGGUGGGAAGAGGGCAGGGAAAGUGGUCGGGGAAGAUUGUUUGACUUCCAAAUGAUGAGUCCCUUCCCAGUAUCUGCAUGCACACGCAUCUAUCAAUCAAGCUUUUUAUUGGGUGUCACCAGCUGGGGUGCUGGGAAAAAAGAGUGCGUGUUAAAUGAUGCCAUUAGACUGUAGUGCAACAAGCAAAGACAAGGUAAUUGGCAGCAAUUCUCAGCCCCAGUCCGGUGACCUGUUAAUCUGUUGCCACUAGCAUUCCACCAGGGGAAAAAAACCUGCACUGUGUAGAAACAGUCUUUCCCUUAUCUCAGGCCUGGCCAGCUUGUUAAUGUUCAACUUGACAAGAGAGAAGAGCUGCUAGGUGGGAACCUGUCUCCAUUCAAUCAGGCUAAUAUGCCAAUUGCUGAGGGUAAUUUAUGGUCCCCUGUUUAAUUUAUUCUCUCAGUUUUUUUGGAUCAGCCCAGGCUUUGGCAUCAGGGUGUUGCAAAGGAGAAGCUGAGGGUCUCUGUGGAGCAGGAAGCCCCCUUUGGCAUCUCUCCAUUUGUGCUUUCCCAGCCAAUAUGCUUGUGCAAUCAGGAAGUUUCCAAGGUACUGUAGGCCAGUACCCCUACACAGUGCCUCCAAAAAACUUGGCUAGAAUCAUGCUCUUUCCUUCAUUCAUAAUAAAGUGUCUAGCUAGUUCCCGUCCAGCUUACACAGGCAGGGGACUGCUUGGGUGAAAGGCUGUGCACAAUGCCCAGGUUCCUUGCCAACAGCUCACAAUGCCUGUAGGUGUAACAACAAACAUAAAGAGACCAGAAGCCACUGUUUAAAAAACAAUUACUUCAUGGGUUACUUGGUAUCCAAAAGAAGAGCUAGUCUGUGGGGUGGCAUCACAGGCUGCACGGGUACCUGAGAAACAACCUCCAGAAAGAACUGAAAUCACUUCUCCCCCAGUCUCACUGGAAGGAGACACAAAAUGCUACCAAGGGAAUGUUUUCCAGCAGUAAACCAGGGAGAGAAAGUCCAGCUCUGUUUGUGUUUUGUUAUACCCAGUCUCCCUGGAUUUUUACACAGGAAAGAUGUCUUGUUUGUAAUGCAGACAGGCCCUGGACUGUGGCCCUUGCUCAGAAGCUUCCACUGCCUGGGAAAUCACCCCUGGGGUACAUAAAGAGGGUCUGGAGUGCUUAAUGUCAUUUGCAGACGUUUUGAUCGGAGUUGCUCCUUGUUCCAGGCACCCACAGCCUGAACGAAGAACAUCUAUUUGGUUUGGGGGCCAAGUCUAUGAACAAAUGACACAGAUGGAAUUGAUUGUUUCUAUAUUUGUUGCAUAUAAUUGAACAGCAAAAAAACUCAGCUUCUUAGGAUGGUUAGUGACAUGUUAGAAGGCCCAAAUAUGAUGGGGGGAAGGGGUGGGGUGGGAAGGCUGCCCUUUUGUGCCAUAAAAUAAUUGAUGGCAAUAUGAACAGCUGUGGUUUCCACAAGGCCUCUUCUUUAAUAAUACAGGACUGGGAAUCCUUCUCAGAGUCCAACAGCAGCAACCAAAUAAAUACAAGGAUUAAAAAUAACUGUAUUGCUUGGAAGGGUACAUUAAAUGUUUUUGAAAGUUUUUACUAACUCCAUCUAAUGAAGCUAUUUUAAGUCACUGAUGGCCCUGAAACUGUCCUUCAUCUAAGAAAUAAUUGCCUAUUCUUUUUAGAUAAUCUAAGUAUUUUCAAUAGAAAUGUGUACAGUGCUUCAAUUAAAACCUGAGAAAAUGUAUAUGCAAUUAAAAGCAACAGUCCUCAUAAUGUUUUCAUUUUGAUGACUGCAAAAAGAACCAUGCUUGUGUGUACAUAGCCCUGUACCUGCCAGUGUCAGAGUGGUUUGCUGUUACAGUGGGGUUGCACUAAAUUACACUUUCUUUCCUAUUCAUUGUCACCAUUUUUUACGAACUUUAGUCCAAAUCACUAUUUUUAAAUGGAACUUUAUUCCAAAUGCUUCAAACUUCCUAUUCUGUUUAAAAUCAAAAGAAAAAAAUGCAGCCUAUGAUCUUUUCAAGGAAAUCUUGCUGCAAAUGAAACAGUAAACAGUAUAUACUGAGAUGCACUGAGGAAGCUUGCUGGCUUUCUUUUCCUUUUCUUAACUAUUUAAUGAGGCUGUCUUGCAACCUGACUGCUGUAGUAAACCUUUUGUCUCUAUGCUGGGUUCCACUAUAAGUGACCUUGCAAUGUUGCAGUGCCACUGGCAACCUUUUGGGUAAUGGCGUAUCGGACGUACUGCGGGGGGAGGUUAAAUUUCUCGCUCAGCAUUAUUACCUCUCACUUCUAAAUUCCCAUUGCCAUUUCUACUUUACAGCUCAUUUUAUUUUUCCCUGGCUGCCCAGAGACAUGCUGUGCAUUCUGCAGAGGGACUUGAAUAUUUUCUGAAUCAUAGAAACAGUGCUAACAAUUAUGCAUCUCUUGGCCAAUCUCCAUUUAAGGAGACAUUCCAUCAAAGACAAAUUGCUGACCAUUUGAUGACACCACGAGCAUAUUCAUGGCUCAGUGAGACUGUCCUUGCUUACCAGCCCACCUGUUUAGGCCCAUAUGAGCACCCAAUGUGUCGCGAAGACCCAACAUAAAGGAUAUAUUGGAUUAUUUCCCCCUAUAAAUACAAUUUUCCAAAAUCUUGGUAUUCUGUUUAUUUUUCAGGCAAAUCUUUUUUAGUAAUGAAAGAAAGGGGGUGGAUGGCAUGAAAAGGGUGUGGAAUGUAGGCUUCUUUGAACUCUAAUGAGAGGCCUUCCUUGAAAUGAAGUACAGCUGCGAGUUAUGACUGCAGGUCUGUGAAAAUCAAGGGAAUGGCAGAGCUCUUCUCUGAGAACCAAGCCAAUAACCAAAAGGAAGAUUUUGAUCAGACUCAGGAUAUUAAAGCACCCAACUGGAAAGCUAGUUAUGGGCACAUUGCUAUGACUCCUCAGUGGCAGGACUGCUUAAGGCAUAGCAUAAAUGUGUGAGACAGCAUUAUUUGGCACACAUGAGAAUGCAAAUGUUAGUCAAAGCCCAUGGUCAUCCAGAAAACAGAAAACUCGUAGAUGGUGGCCUCAGUUUCAGGGAGAGAAGUUGCCCCUGCUAGGGGUGGAGGACUGUGUGUGUGUGACAUGUCUUCGCAAGAAUUCAUGCUUGUUAGUAUGUUUGAAACAUUUUCUCAAAGUACUUUUGUGCUAACUUUGGAUAGUCACAGGCUCUUGAAAAUGUAUACUACACUUAGAUACAUUGUACAGUUAAGUGGAACUGAGCCUUCCAGUUACCAAACAAGCUAUACCCCUGCAAGCGAGCUACACAACUCUUUUGGAGCUGGUUGAUCAUAGGCAGGACAACCAGCACUUUUGUCCUAUUUUCUACAAGGGAUGUGGCACAAUUUUCUCCUUGCAGUUGAUUUAUGCUCAUCCUAGUUCCUAGUUUAGAAGUGAUAUGAAAUGGCCCAAAUGUUUUGCCCCCCUUUACAUCAGGAACAAGAGACUAUUUCAGCUGACUUGCCAUGCCUGAAUGUAAUUUGAGGUUGCAUCCACAGGUGUAUUAAAUGUAACACACAAUGGGCGCAUCUACAUGUGCCCCUGUGGCGCAGUAAAAGCCUGUGCUGUGCCAUGCUGGUGGCACACGGUUAUUUUUAGCUGCUACAUUACCAUGCUAGAGCAAGGGAGCACAUUGCUACGGCAAUGUAGCUGCAGCAUUAUGGGUUGCGCCUGCCGACGCUAAGUCGCCGUAGCAUCUAGUGUAGAAGUGCCCAAUAAGUGCUACUGCCAGUCUAUUCAGCAAUGGUUAGGCCUUAUUUAAUGUGUUGUGUGCCGUUCCCCAUUUUACGAAGGAUGUGGGGAAGUUGGAGAGGGUCCAAAAAUAAGUGCCAAAUAUGAUGAAGGGGUAGGAAGAUGAGGUUGAGAGAACAAGUGUUUAGCUUGCAGAAAAGGAUAUUAAGGGUGGGCAUUAUUGUUUUGAAAUCUUUGAAGGUUUCCAUAAAGAAGAACAAUUGUUCGUCUGUGCUGCAGAGGGCAGGGCAUGAAGCAACGGCUUUAAAUUGUAACAAAAUAGAUUGCGAUUAGACCUCAGGAAGAACUUCCUUGUUCCUUUCUUUUUGAUCAUCACCAAGGCAGUGGACCAGAUUGCCCAGGGACGUUGUAGCAUCUCUCUUGUUGGAGGUUUUCAAGAAGAAGCUGGAUAAACUUUGGUCAGGGAUGAUUUAGGAGUGUUGGACCAGAUGACCCCUGAGGUCUUUUUCAAUCCUAUGAUUCUACAAACUCUGAAGGGCCAGCUGAAGUGCAGAGGUAACGGAGAUCCAUGCCUUCCACCAGUUGCAAAUGUGGCCCUUUCUGUUUCCUAACAGCCAAAGAGGAAUUGUUUUCCAUCAACUUUGACAAAAAUGUUAUUUUAGAAAGAGACUGAAUAAUAGAUUCAUAGAAAAACAGGGAUGGGAGGGACCUCAAGAGGUCACCCAGUCCAACCUGCUACUUACAAUAGGAUCAUCCCUGUCUAAACCAUCACAGAUGAAUAUUUGUCUAACUUGUUCUGAAGAACGUUUAAUGAUGGAGAUUUCGCAGCCUCUGUAGAUAAACUGUUGCAGUGCUUAACAACUCUCACAGUGAGAAAGUUUUUCCUAAUAGCCAGCCUAAAUCCUGUGUAUUGUAAUUUAAGCCUUUUAUUUCUUGUCUUGUUCCAUACACGUCUUUUUGUUCUGUUUGUACACUACAACGUACAAGGUCCAGGUAGUAUGAUACAAAAAAAAGGGGACACACAAUAAUAUUUAUAAGAGGAGUUAUAAAACUUAGCUAUUAUUUGUGUGUUGAUCUACACGGGGGUCAAAUUUUAGUCUUAGUUAUUCUGGCAUAAGAGAGCUCAGGAUUGGUCCCUACAUCCCUCAGAUCUAUCACCAAUGACUAUUUCUAAUAUACUCAUCAUGGAAAUAUCUUGGCACUGUGUGGUUGGACUCUAGAGCAACUAAAAUAGCAAAACAUUAUGCUAAACAAACAUAGUUUGAUUUAUAGAUUUGUGGUAAGAACAGUUCAGUUUUUAAGGGUGUUCAAAUUAAUUAAUAUUCUCCUGGGGGGAGGGGAAAAUGCUAUUGUUUCCAUAACCACAUGCUUUCCAAUAUAAAAUAAACUCUUGGUGUUGUGAACGUGUUGCUUAAUUAUCCUAAACGGUUGCUUUUGAAAGUUGUCUAUUGACCUGUUUCUACAUUUCACAGGCGUUCAGUGUCAUAUUUCUCAGGAGUGUUGUAUCUACCUGUAGUUAGCAAGAAAUAGAUACCGGGUGAAUUUUAACACUGGUAAAAUAAGAAUGCUACUUGCUGCAUGCAGCAUUCCCAAGUGCAAUGCGUGAGUGAGGCUGUAAGGACAGUUUAUAAAGCAAAGUGAAUGGCAACAUCACAUGUACAGGUAAUUCAGAUCAUCAUUACAAGCAGACAGAUGUCAGGGUAUAACGUUACAUGGCAAGUCCUUACAUGUGUACUCUAUACAACACACCAUAGAACAAUUAUGGAAAAAUUUACUUGUUUGGCCCACUGGAGGCUAAAUCCCACCGUCAGUUUUUAGGUAGGGCUUCUCUAUAGAUUUCACCUUUUUCUGUCUCCUUGGUGUGCAGGACAGACAGACACUGGCCGACUCAGCGUUCUUUCUACCUACAGUGAUGUGUAACUUAUACCACCUUCCACAUCAUCUCUGCAUCUGGCCCCUUGCUUGUAAUGUAUCGGUUUUAUAGGCACUCUAGUUGCCGUUAAAGAGGGUUGGGUUUCAGAAAAAGGAGAUGGUGAGACUGUCCUGGCUCCAUUCAUUUCAGUGCUUAAAUGGAAACAAAACUGGACCCAGUGAAUGUGACAAUUGUGACAAGGAUGACAACAGUGUGUGUUCUUUCAUGUCCUUGAGUCAGCAAUGAAAGCUGGUUUUAGUUGCCUUUAACCGCACAUAAUAAAGAACUCCACUUGCAUCAUGCUGCAUUGCUUAAGGGCUCAUAGAUGCCAAUGGGAGUUUUGCCUGAAUACCAGGCAGAUGCUAGGUCCUGCUUUGGUACUGUGCCUUCUUCACACAUUAUAACCCAAAACAUCUUACAGGGUUAAGUAUCGGCAUUAACUAACAAUGAUGGGAGAGAGAAACUAAGAAGGAAGUCAAAGAAAGACAGAGGUGGAUAGGGGCAGCUUGCUGAAUUCUUGUACAUAAGAUUUAUCUGUGCUUGGUAAUAUUCAUAACUGAAGGGAUACUGAUUCAAUUUAUGGCCAGUGCUAUUUAGUAGGUAAAACCAGAAGAUUCAAAGAGAUCCUUUCUAGACUUCAGUCUAGGAACCUAUGCUGUGACUCUCCAUUAUUUUCUUCAGAGAACAGUACUCAAAUAUUUUUCUGUUUUAUUUGGAAAAAAAAAGUAUUCAAAUUUUAGUGAAAGGCUGGAAAUAUAUUUCUCUGUGAUUUAAUGUGCAAACAAUUUAAUGAAUGUUCCCGGAAGACAAGCUGUAGCACAGUCUUCAUCCAUCCCUUUUAAAAAAAAAUAUGAAACACAAGGUUAAAAUUUACUCAUCUGCUCUCGAGUAAAAUACUAAAAAAAAAAAUUGUCAAAACAGCCAGAGAAUUUCUUUAUGAUAUUGUUGUUUAUGGUUCUUAUAAAUGAGAAGAAAGCUUUUUUUUUCUGCUGAAAAGCUUAUUUUUAAACAGAUCUAAACUAUCAGAAGAGUCAGGGCCCAAUUUGGUAACAAGCUGUGAAACAUCAAGGGUUCUUUUAAUGAAGAAUUCAUUCUGGAAAAAUGUAGGUUACAAGACAUAUGGAUAAAUGUUUCCAUGAGUACUAAAACUCCCAGCCUCCUGCACUGACUUACAUUCAAAUGUGGAUCCACACAGCGUUGGCUUACCAACUGGAAGACCUCAGAAGAGGCCCUUGACUCAAAAUAGCCAGUUGGGUCUUUUUUCUAGUACAAAAUGCUCAGAAACAAAGUUGCGCCAAUGAAGAUUCAUGAGGCUUGAUUUAAAGUUUUCUCUAGUUGACAGAUACUAUUUAUAACCUGGAUUAUUAAAAUGAGGUGCAUUACAUCAUAUUAAAUAUCAUGACAAAUAUGUCAUAUGCAUCAAGGGUGAAAUCCUGACUCACAUUGAAGUCAAUGGCAAAACUCUCACUGAUUUCCACGGGGCUAGGUUUUUAUCCUGAAUAUCUAGGUGAUUAAGAAAAAUCACACCAGUGGAGUGUUAUACAUUGUCUGAAUCGCAAUGCUUUGUCUGUAAAAAAACCCCCAAAAAACCAGUAGUAACUGUUUAGGGUAAAAUAUUGAAAUACAAUUAUAUGAUCUGCUUGGCCUUUAUAGAGCAAUUAAUAUUUUCCAAGAACUGCAUGGAUAUUAAGGUUGAAAAUAUGAAUACUGGAUAAGUAUUAUGUAUACCUGGGCAAAUAGUAGAAGAAAUGUCUGAAUGUUCUUCAACUUCUUCAAACAGAAUUACUCAAAUAAGCUCAUGAGUUUGUAUCUGGAUGAUCCAAAUGUGAAUAUUUUUCUUUCUGAAUGAUGCAAUAUGGUUCCAGAAUUUGACUGCAAUGAAUAUAAUAGGAUUUUUUUUUUAUCACCUGCCAGACAUAGGAAAGAAGCUGUAAUUCUCUCUGUCUUUCUUGCUCCUCUACUAAUUGAACUCAGCUUUGAGGACUAGCAUCACUCUCUGGUCUUAACGUAGUCAUGAGAUGGACUGCUGCCUUUGGUAUGGUCUCCACUGUACGAUGUGAAUCUAAUGUGAGGAUUGAAUUGUUUUCAGAAUGGUCUGAAUGAUCUGAAUGGCCCAGCCUCAUGCCUAUUUUAAAUAGACAGAAAAUUACUGGGUCUUUAUGCUAGCAUUUGAGUGUAGACUCAAAGUAUUUGAGACUUCGAAUAAAGUCUGACAUAUUCUUCCAGUUUUGUAGAGAUCAUACUCUGGUUGCCAAAAACCCACAGGCAGAAGAAAGAGCUAACAGCUGGACAAGCACUCAAUCUGAUUUGUCUAACAGGCAUGUAAUCCUGGCCCUUCCAAAUGCGUUGGAGCAUCUUUAGUGACCAUAAGUGAUCUGGAGCUCUGUUCUGCCCUUCAGUGAAAUAUAGGGACAUUAUAAAAAGUGAAAAUAUUUCCAUGAUUAAAAAGUAUCAAUAUUUUUGUAAAAAAAAAAAUAUAGUGGCAAAAUCCUGGGUUUCACUCACGGAAUUUCUUUUUGACCCCAAAAGGAUAAAUAGAAUGAAAAAUGUGUCUCUUAUCUUGGCCAACUCCAAUCAGAAUGGGUACCUUUCCAUAGUACAAUAUUAUCUGAAGGCCACACUAGUGCAUGAAUUGAAUAUGAAGAGAGAGAAGAGUGUAUACACGUUAUCAGGACCUGAAGUACCUGGACCUUAGAAUUUCACUGGAUGUAAAAAGGAGACCUUUGAAGUACUAACUAAGGCUGAUCUGGUUUAAAUAAUGAGAAUGCACUAAGGCACAGUCUUAGGUACUAUGGCUGUAGUUGAAAAAAAUAUUUAAUCUACUUUGUUUUUAACUUUUUCUUAAGCUAUUGCAAGUAAACAGGGAAAUUAUGAGUGAUAGAUAAAUGUCUGUUCACAUUUGGAGCUAAUAUAUUUUGCAGAUGCUUGUGCUUUCCUAAGAACUAGCUUCUCAAAAGGAAUAGCUCCUGUUAUAGUCAGAGGAGAGGAAAACAUGACAUCCUCUACACACAUUCUGAUUAAAAAUGUGCCCCCAUUAGGCUUCACAUCACAGCACUGGAGGAUCCACCUGAAAUACAGGGGGGAGAAGAAAACUUAGGAGAACCAAGAGACCUCAGGUCUCAAGGGUCAGGCAAAAUAAUUUGAAACCAUCUUGAAGAAUCAGUUUAGCCACAGCUUGAUGGAAAGCCAAGCAUAAGACAGAUCUGGCUCUGGGGUUUGGUAGUGGGAUAAAAAAAUUUUUUAAUUUCUAGGCCAUGAACUUGAAUCCAUUAAACAAUAGUCAUGACCAUCUGAUAGUUAUUCGUUGUCUUCUCUGAAACAAACUGCUGGUCUCAGUCCAGGUCUUAGUGGGUAUGGGACCAUCUGCAAACUUCAUAUCACUUUUGUACUUGGUGACCUUGUUGGCCACCCCUAUAGAGAGGCCAAAGGAUUGUUUGGGGAAUUGAUGUGACAACAACAACAACAAAAUGAUGACAUCACUGGGGAAAUUGUAAAGUUUAUAAGAAGCUGGAAGUAAUUUCGCAUCCAACUAUGAUCUCCAGAAGUUAGAGUAGAAAGGCACACUGAAGGCAGCUGGAAAGGAUUUAUGUGACUGCUGCUGGUGUUGGACUUUGGACCUCCAGGCUAAGAUACAGACAGUCAAAAAGCCCAAGGCUGAAUCAAUUCAGUCUUUGCAGGUUAGUCUAAAAUGCAGAGAUUAAAUUGAGAAACAACUGGGCACACAUUUACUUUUGAUUCGGGAAAUGCAGCCAUGUGUCUGCAGUGGCUGAGGCCAGAAGCCAGGGGGCACUAAAACAUGCCUCUCUGGCAUGUAGCCAGCAUUAUAUGUGUUCACUUCCUCUUCCUGCUGCCCCUGAAGUCUCUGGGAUUUGCAGUCCAGAAUCACAGCAGCACGACUCUCCAGGGUUGCUCAUCACUUCCUCCUGCUUCCAGGUGCCUCUGGGAUUUGUAGUCCACAAUCACAGCCAGCAGUAAGUUUCAGUAAGUUUAGCUGCAGGGCAGCUCUGUACUUGGGGGCCCAGACCCCAGCCAGGGUUUGCCUGGGGGGAGCAGUCCCUGCCUCCCCCCCAGUCCUUCUCUGCUGGAGCAGACAGCAUAGCCCAGCCUAGGGCUGAAAAGCAUGCUGAGAUGCUGGGGGGACUGUGAUUCAACUUGAACCAGGAAGGGGACAGAAGUUUCAUAAACCUGUAUGACCCAAAUCAGUUAAGUCUGAUACUACAUUUAACCAGGUUUAUCUUAAACCAGUUUCAGACAUUUUGAAACUGGUUUAUGAGCACCAAGCUUCUGUUCUGUUACAGGUUUAAUCUAGUUUCUGAUGACUUGAACUGGUUUAUGUGUAACAUCUGUCCCUAGCCCCGGAGUUAAACUGUUAGCCACUACAAAGUAGACUAAGGAACCAAAUCUUCAAAAGGGGAAUGUAAUAACUUGCUUCUUGUGUGGACUGGCAUGUACCCAUGGUAUAUGCUCACUGGUGGGUUACACACUUCCUCUGGUCAGAGGAAGCUUUUCUAGGGUAUCUGAGGCCAACAGAAUUCACUUCCCAAGGUAAAAACAUGAGCUGAUACAAGGUCGAGCUAAACAGCCCAUCGCUCUGUAACUGGAAGCUGUAACAACUCAUAUCCUCUGUGGACUGGCCCAGAUGAGGAUCUGUAAUACACACUCAGCAGAGGAUUACACUUGUAGUACCUCUGGCUGCGUCUUUACUACUUCUGCAGAUAAACAGAGCAGAUCUGUUACAAGAGCUGUCAGUCCAGAUCCUUUCAUGAGCUCUAUCGUCAUAUGUAAAAAGAAGACUAUCACCAAUCUCACCAUAAGGACUUGAACAUAACACUUCAUUAUUUCUGUGUCGGCCCUAAGGUGGUAAUUUAAAUGAAUUUUGCAUUAUAUGUUGAUUUAUGGCAGCUAAAUUAAUGUAAUAAAACUUCACAGUUCCUU